UCGGUGGUAAAUUCUGACAUAGACCAGUAAACUAAUUUGUUUUUUUUUGUAUAGUUGAAAUUAACUAAAGUCUGAAGACAACUAUUUUAUUAUUUACUGGUCUGCGUACAUCUUAUUUUAACUAACUUCAAUGUUUUACGGCUUUAUUAUUUAAUAUCAUGAAGGUCUGCAUUCAUUAAUUGAAAAUCAUAUACUCUAAUUUAAAGUAUUCGUGACUUUUAUAUUUAUCAAAAAUCAAUGUUUCCCUCAAAGAUGAACGUGAACAAAAAGCUAUUGCCUAUAAAAGGACAUUUUUUCUUAUUCAAUGCAGGCACGGCGCCGCUGGUGCCGUUCCUGUCCACGUACGCGCGGCAGCUGGGCUUCUCGCCGAGCACGGUGGGGCUCAUGUACACGGUGCUGCCGCUGUUCGGGCUGGUCGCCAAGCCGCUGUUCGGAGUCGUCGCGGACAGGUUCAAAAUACAGAAGUCGCUGUUCAUAUUGUUCCAAGUGGUGACAAUAAUCAGCUUCUCGGCGAUAUACUUCAUCCCCGACGCCGCGGCGCCGCUCGCGGUGCAGCUGGACUGCGGCGACUCGGCCACGGCUCUGCGGGCGUGCUUCGGCGCCGCCGGCCCGCCCGACCGGUGCCGCCUGGCCGCGCUGGCCGGCCUCCACGGCACCGCGCAGUGCCGGAUGAACUGCGACAUGACGUCGCCGAAGAUGUGGCAAACCGUUUGCGAGCAUUGGCACAUGCCGCAGUACUGCUACAGCAGCACGGCGCGCGUGCAGUACUCCGCGCGCGUGGCCGGCCUCACCUCCGACGGCUCCUGCGUGUUCAUCGCUUCCAGUGACGUCACACUCGACGGAUUGUCCUACAAGCCGCGUUGCCGCAUCGGGCUGGGCUACGUAGACAUAAACGAGCCGUGCUCACUGGACUGCGGCAACCAACUGUUGUCAAGUUUGAUUGGGAGCAACAAGGCCAAUAUGUCGUGCCUGGACAACAUGCUCAGUUAUCGCCUGUGCGAUUACAACGUCCAGGCCUUGGCGAAUAUCACCAGUGACACUGACGUAGGAAACUGUCAGGCCUCGUGCGACCUCGACCCCCGCAGCCCGUGGCGGCUCAUGGAGAUAUGCGAGGGCUGGGGGGCAGACGCCGCCGCCACGUGCCAGCCCAAAAGCGGGGGGGGCCAGCACUUCCCCGACAGCCUGGCCUUCGAUGGCACCGUACUGCUAUCCACCACUCUGUCAGAGCAUAACUGCGUCUAUAUACAACUGAACCACAUCCAAUUGGACGACGGCUCCAUCCACUACCCGUACUGCGGCUCGCGGGCCGCGUACCAAGUGCGCGACGAGCUGUUCCACUCCACUUGCAACAUCAGCUGCGACCAUGAAAUGGUCAACGAAUUAUUUAAAUCGGCGUCGGACAGUCAGACGGACGGACAGACGCAGUACACGACGCAGUUCUGGCUGUUCUUCACGUUCAUGAUCGUCAGCUGGAUCGGGCAAGCCGUGGUGGUGACGUUCGCCGACGCGAUAUGCUUCAACCUGCUGGGAACGAAGAUUUCCCUUUACGGCAAGCAGAGGCUAUGGGGUUCAGUAGGCUGGGGUAUAUUCUCCCUCGUGACCGGUAUCCUGAUAGACGCGUUCAGUGAAGGAGCCGUCAAAAACUAUGCCGUGGCCUUCAUACUGAUGUUGGUGUUCAUGUCUGGAGACGUGCUUGUGUCGUGCUUCUUGAAGGUGGAGACAACAAAAAUGUCCAUAAACAUUUUGGCAGAUGUAGGCAGCCUCUUGACUUCGCUGCCCACACUCGUGUUCGUCCUGUGGACUAUCGGCGUUGGGCUCUGCACGGGACUGAUCUGGCAGUUCCUGUUCUGGCACAUCGAGGACAUCGCGGGGCUGUCGUGCGACGGCGCCGCCCACGUCAAGACGCUGCAAGGGCUGGCCAGCGCGAUCCAGACCUUCGGCGGAGAGAUACCGUUCUUGUUCGUGUCGGGAUACCUGUUGCGAAAGUUCGGUCACAUAAAUACCAUGAGUCUGGUACUUUUCGCGUUCGGGGUGCGCUUCAUGCUGUACUCCGUCGUGACAAACCCGUGGUGGAUCCUGCCCAUAGAGAUGUUCCAGGGCAUCACAUUCGGCAUGUUCUACCCCACCAUGACGUCGUACGCCACCGUCGUGUCGCCGCCGGGCACGGAGACCACUGUACAGGGGCUGGUGGGUGCGGUGUUCGAGGGCGUGGGCACGGCGCUGGGCAGCCUGGCGGGCGGCCGCCUGUACGCGGCGCUGGGCGGCUGGAAAACGUUCCGCUAUUUCGGCGCCGGCGCGCUGCUCGCCUGCGCCGCGCAUGCGCUCGCGCAGUGCGUCCUGCGCCGCCGCGACACCGCGCUCGCCGGACCAGGUACGCCCAAACGACCCGCGCACUAGCCCGCACCGCCCCGCCGGGUGCCUGCCGCGUAGCCUGGACUAUCAUAGUUCCCCAAUAUCAUGUACAUAUCAAAACCAAUAGGACUGCAAUGGGCUGAAAUAUUGUGAAUUUAAUACGUUACUCCAAAGUUACAGCUCUAUAACUGAACAACAAGGUUGUAUCCGUCUUAACGACACAUAAUCUAUCAAGUCGUGAAAGUAAACCAAACAAACACACUAUUCAUUCCCUCGGGUACUUGCCUUAACAACCGCACGAACGCACAGGCCAUCUCGUAUAUGGCGUAGUGCCCGGCCUUCAUGUUACUCCGCACUGGUUCAACAAAAACAAAGAAACGAUCUACCGACAAAUUAAUUUCUGUUUAAAGACUCAAGUAACUAAAUACAAUUACUUUAUUGUGAUAUUCAAUGACGAAUUAAAUCAAAUUUAAUUCAACUGAAAUCAGAUGUACUUAAAUUAAAUACAACACUGCCACUUUUUGGCGCAAAACAUCUUCUUUACAUUCGCGUUAGGGAUGCGCUCUACCAAACAAUACUAUAGCUGUUAAAAAUUAUAGAUGAAUGUGUGAUGUUGCCAGAUCUUAUUUCCCGGUUAGCAACCCCUAAAUAAUGCUAAAUGGCAAGUCACAAGAUUCUCGAUCAACCCGCAACAUGCCUUGUGAUAUAUUAUUGUUCCUUUUCCGGAGUACACGGCAUACACAAUGACACGCCCUUUCAUUGUUUUCAAUUUUAUUCCAAUACUUUUAUUAUCUUUACCUAUGAUAUAGUUGAAGCGAAGCUUCGUUAUUUACGUUCGGGAUGAACACCUAAGUCGUUAAAGUGAAACGUGUUGCCGGCACGAUGUUUGUGGGCAUGUCCUGUCAGAAGCUGACGAGUGCUUGAACACGGUGCGUGUAACUUCCGUAAGUACACAUUAGCCCGUGCCCAAUGCGUCUUAUACGCUAUAUAUACGCUAUACGUAUACUAUCGGGCCUGCGUCGCGCACGUUACACGUUUCAUGUUUUAUGCAAUGCGCAAAAUGGUUUCGUUGGGUGUCCCGAACGGCCUCAGGUUGUACUCUAAUUAUGCAAUAAGUAAUAGUUAAUGUUUAAUGUAAGAGAAAAUACUAAAUAAG